AUGAAUUCCAAAUUCACUUUUCUGCUAAUUGUGCUACAAUUCAUGUCUACAAUCACCAUCAUCUCCGGGGCAGGUAUUACCUGUGAUGAAUUGUUUCGCGGGCCGAAUGAUGAUUUUCGUUGUGUUUCUUCUUCCGAUGGCAUGAACAAUGACUGUGAAAGCUGUACUAAUAUCAAUGUUGCCACGGGGGAAUACUGUGUCUUGGCGUACCAAGAGGUUCCGAAGGGCACACAAAUUCCAAAUCAAGACACACCGAAGGUUAUAAAGAAUGGAAAUUGCAACAAUUUUGAAAGCCUUACCCUUAACAAUGCCCCAUAUGGAUAUGGUUGUGCCGCAGGACCUAAUGCCCCACAAACCCUAUUUUGCAAUGCGAUUAUCAAAACCACAAUUCCAAGCUGUGAAAAGUGCAAGCAGCGGGGCAAAAGAUCACCCGAGGUUAUCAUAUGGAAAAAUUAA